AUGGUCACCUGGGUCUCUGUUGCAAUAUUCAUGCGCCAUCACAAAUUACCCUCAAAAUUCAACACUGACCUUCACUGUCACCACCACCACCACCACCACUUAACCGUCAGCAUCAACAAGCGUACCACUAUUACCAACAUUACUACCACCAUUACUAACAAUAUCAACAGUAGCAGUAGCAGCAAGAACACCAUCACCACUGUCACCACCACCGUCAUCAACGUCACUACUACCAUCACCACUUCACCAUCACCAUCACUAACAGCACUACCAUCACCGACAUCACUAUUACCACCACUUCCUGCUUCGUGCUUCUCGUCUCCUGCCUCUCGAAGCAUCUUCCUGCCCUUCGCCCCUCAGACUCAUGCUACGUACCGCCUCCCGCCUCCUUCCGCCUCCUCCCGCCGCCGCCCGUCUCUUCCCGCUGCCUCCCGCCUCCCGGUGCCGUCCCUUGGGGCUUAA